UGUGUUUGUGCGGUGUCACGUGGUUAACGCAGACCGGUUAAAACCGACGGAAAGCGGCCGGAGCUUCUGCAGCGACCUGCGGGUAGAAGAGCAGCCUGCAUCCCGCUCACCGCUGCACACACACCGCUGCACACACACUCAAACUCCGCGGUAUGUCCUCUCUCUGUGUGCUGCGGACCCGCCUGCCCGCCGCCAUGCAGAGGCGUUUCAGCCUGGAUGUCUCGGCUCCUCUCCUCCGGACGCAGGGCUACAUAGACGGCCGCUGGGUCUCCGCAGCCUCUGUGUUCCCGGUGCUGGACCCGGCCACCGGGGAGGAGAUCACCCGGGUGUCGGACUGCGGCCCGGCCGAGGCCAAGCAGGCUGUGGACGCUGCGUACAGAGCGUUUCAGUCCUGGAAGCUCCGCAGCGCCAAGGAUAGGAGCGUGGUGCUCAGGAAGUGGUUCGAUCUGCUGACGCUGCACAAAGAGGAUCUCGCCAGGCUCAUCACCUUCGAAUGUGGUAAGCCCCUGCAGGAGUCCCGGGGGGAGAUAGCGUACUCCGCCUCCUUCCUGGAGUGGUUUUCUGAGGAGGCUCGGCGAGUGUACGGAGACGUGGUCCCCUCGCCCUCCAAAGACCGGAAGAUCCUCCUCCUAAAGCAGCCCACCGGCGUGGCCUCCAUCAUCACGCCGUGGAACUUCCCAAGUGCGAUGAUCACCAGGAAGGUGGGGGCGGCGCUGGCUGCCGGCUGCACGGUGGUGGUGAAGCCGGCCGAGGACACGCCGCUGUCCGCGCUCGCUCUGGCUGAGCUGGCUGAGCAGGCUGGGGUCCCAGCAGGGGUCUUCAAUGUGGUCCCCUGCUCCCGGGAGAGGACCCCCUCUGUCGGGCAGGUUCUCUGCACCGACCCCCUGGUGGCCAAAAUCUCCUUCACCGGCUCCACCGCGACAGGCAAGGUACUUCUGAAAAUGGCCGCUGACACGGUGAAGAAGGCAUCCAUGGAGCUGGGAGGCCACGCCCCUUUCAUCGUGUUCGACAGCGCCGACGUGGACAUGGCAGUCAGCGGCGCCAUGAACUCCAAGUUCAGGAACUCCGGACAGACGUGCGUGUGUUCGAACCGCUUCCUGGUGCAGAGCAGGAUCCACGAUGUGUUCGUGGAGAAGCUUGGCCGAGCGAUGGACGCCGACCUCCGGCUGGGUCAUGGCUCGGAGCCCAACACCACGCAGGGCCCGCUGAUCAACAACAGAGCUGCAGAGAAGGUCGAGGCCCAGAUAUCGGACGCCGUGGCCCGGGGGGCGAAGGUGCUUCGGGGGGGGCAGCGUCUGGAAGGCUCCUUCUUGCAGCCCACGCUGAUCACUGACGUCACCACAGACAUGAUCUGCACCCGAGAGGAGACCUUCGGCCCGCUGCUGCCCGUCCUCAGGUUUGACACAGAGGAGGAAGCUCUGGCCAUCGCUAACGCUUCUAACGUCGGGCUGGCAGGGUACUUCUUCUCGCAGGACGUGAGUCAGAUCUGGCGGGUGGCGGAGGCGUUGGAGGUUGGCAUGGUGGGAGUGAACGAAGGCCUCCUGUCCACCCCGGAGGCCACGUUCGGGGGGGUUAAACAGUCCGGGUUGGGCCGUGAAGGCUCCAAGUACGGCGUGGACGAGUAUUUGGAGGUCAAGUACAUGUGCUUCGGAGGCCUCAAACCCUGAAGGGAGGCAGCAGUAAAACACAAAGUAUAAAUGCAGUAAUCUGUCAAGGUGGUCCUACCUGUAGAUCUCAGGUUUUAAUUAACUAAACCUAUGAGCAAUAAAUCAAAAAUAACCCCUCAAAUUUGAGCUCCUUGACUACCUUUUAAGAACUUUAAGUAAAUUAGUACGUUUUCACUAAUCUGAAAAUAUCUCGUUAGCCGUCCGGAAAGUAAAACCGGAUUCAAUUCAAAGGAAAUUAUCUUUCAGGCAACAAUUAUAUCUUUAUGGCUGAUUAAAAUCACAGUCAGUCAGUGUCUUUCUAAGCUGUAUGUUGACCGUGAGAAUGCAGGCUCCUGUUAUAGCCCGUGACCUGAGGGAAUACUCUCUUCUGAUUGGCUAGCGUUGCUGUUUCUACCUGUCAGUCUUUCGGGUUUAGGGCAGAGUCGACAACACCCCUUUAGAUCCGUUGCUGGCUGUUAGCAUAUUAACAUGAGCUUAAUAAAUGAGUGGUAAACCCCGUCUACAGCCGACAUGAUGUAUGCGGAGUAGUUAAAAAAAACCCGACAUACUUUAAAUAAUACACAGAAUUAAACGAGCUGCGUUUUUGUAAAAGCUAGUUAGCUUUAGCAUUAUUAGUAAUAAAUCAUGAAGACCUUAAAACGCUUCAGAUGUUUAGUUUAUAAUCCUAAAACAUGAUACUUGAACAAGCAAGAGACGAAGAUGAGGUGAAGGAUUUAUUAACAUUUCCACGAGAGAAAAAGAUUUGAACAUGAAGGAAAAACUCAGUCAUUAAGAGUGGGACAAGACAUGCUAACGUUAGCAUAACCUCUGCUAUAGCAUCGUCCGGGACCGGCCCCCACAGAGCGGGCGUUCCUGUCCGGAGUGGAGCUUCUCUAACGUGACUGCGACCUGUAACACCGCUGAUAAGAACCCUGUCAGACGAAACGGUGUCUGCUGUCCAUAAGGAGCCGGGCAUGUUAGCGUUAGCAGCUGGCAUCAGAGCAGAGACUCUGAGAGGAAUCCUUCCCUUGCUUGUUGGCUCUUUUAUUUGUGGUUGCAUAAAGGAUUCAAAGAAAGCAGCAACAACCUUUUAAAACCUCAAAUAAGGAUGACCUGUAUUCUAGAGGAGAGCAGAAAACAUGCUUUCAACGUGUUUAAAAGCUGCUGUGUGGUGUUAGACAACUAAACACAUCCAGUACUUUCACUUAGAAAGAAAGACGGUAAAAGACAAGCUCUGUGUCUUCCGUUCGGGAUCAGCGGGACACGGUCCGUCCACACAUCUGUUGGUAACGCUUCAUAUUCAGCUAAUGAUGCUAACGAGGCUAACGUCAAUCCUCAACCUAAACAGCUGUAAUGUCAAAAGUCAAACAAUGCGAAGCCAAGGAAAUCCCAGUUUCAGUGUUAGCUGCUGACCCAACUUCCAUCCCUUAAUGAUCUACAUUUACCCACGAAUAAACGCCGCUCAUCGAUCUGCUCCUUGUGGAGAAUAAAAAGGUCCGGGUUUCCUGUCUCAGGUAUGACGGUGAGGAGUCCCACAGGUGGGGGUUCUCAGAAACAAACGUCGCGGUUUAAAAGGGUGAACAAGCUGCUCUCUGCCGUGGUGGAAAAGCGAGAUUUACUGUGAUAAAAUAAAAAGGGACAAAUCCUUAAACUAGAUGACUUGUUUUUAAACCACUGCUCGUAUUGAUCCCCUUGAUGUCCAGUAGUAGUGAUGUCUCGUUAUCAUUCAAUGGCUCGUAUGAUUACAUGUGCUAAUUUGGUCUAAAUCAUUUAAAGGCAUGUGUGUAUUGGUGUGUAUGUUUCUGAGGUCCUUAAAAACAUUGUGGUAUCUGUCUGACCUCAGGGUGCGAACACAUCUUCAAAAGUUCGAUAAGAUACGGCGGGGAAAUCUGCAAAUGAAUAAAGGCUCUAAAAGUGGAAUACAAUGUGUGCAGUCCGCAUGCAUCUAGUUUUUUAGAACAAAUAAAUGUCAGCAUCUCUGAUGUAACACUACUGUAGUCCCAUUAAGAACCUCCUAACGGUGCAGGUUGAUGUUCCCAAUGUGAUAAGUGCCCUGUAACUGACUUUUUGUAAUUGGUCCUGAUCUCGCCUUUUUUGUGACGCAAUGUAAUUGUUAUAUUUAAUGUAAAAAUAAAACCUAAUGUUUUGUAUUUCUGAUUUUAGAUAUGAAAUAUUAAAGAGGAAAUUGUAAUAUUA